AUGGCGUUGCCAAAGAGAAUCAUAAAAGAGACGGAGCGACUGAUGGCUGAACCUGUACCGGGUAUCAGUGCUGUGCCCCAUGAAGACAACCUCAGAUACUUCGACGUGAGCAUACACGGCCCUUCACAAUCGCCAUACGAGGGUGGUGUUUUCAAACUCGAGCUCUUCCUGCCAGACGACUACCCCAUGACACCUCCGAAAAUCCGAUUUUUGACAAAGAUCUACCAUCCAAACAUUGACAAGUUGGGUCGGAUUUGUCUGGACGUCUUGAAGAGUAACUGGUCGCCAGCUUUACAGAUUAGAACCAUUCUUCUCUCAAUACAGGCUCUGCUGGGUGCUCCAAAUCCGGAUGACCCCUUGGCCAACGAUGUGGCUCAGCGGUGGAAGGAGGACCAGGAGGCUGCUAUUCAGACAGCACGGGAAUGGACCAGGAAUUAUGCCAUGGCUUCUUGA